GACGUCUGCGCACGAGAACCAAUGAGAGUCGAGGCGGAGCGCGAGAGCCAAUCAGUCGCGAGACCGUUCUGCGUCAGUGACGUGCCGUCAGUGCGUGCGCAGAGCUCGCGUGCCCUUGGUGUUUGUUGAACUUCAGAAUCAGUAUUGUAAGGAUGGGUUUCCUGCUCUCCAAAUCCCUCGAGCAGAACCUGCAGAAACAGCAAGAGUUCAUGCUGCUCAACACACGCCUGCAGUUGGAGCGUCAGCUGCAGAUGCAGAAUCAGAUGCGUGAGCGACAGAUGGCGAUGCAGGUCGCCUGGUCCAGAGAGUUUCUCAAGUACUUCGGUUCCUUCUUCGGUUUGACUACGCUGGGUCUCACCAUCGGAGCCGUCAGGAAGAGGAGAGCGGCUCUGCUGGCUCCGGUGGUUCCUCUCAGCUUCAUCCUGGCGUAUCAGCUGGACGCGGCGUAUGGAUCGCUGGUGCAUCGCAUGAGGGGCGAGGCCGAGAGCAUCAUGGCGUCGGAGAGCGAGCGUCUGGCUCUUCCUCAGGGGAUGCCCACGUUUGAGAGCAUCGAGAAAUCCCGCCGAGCCAAAGCACAUCUGACAUCUCUGCUGGAGAAAUGAUGAAUCCUGACGUCUCCGGAUCGACUCGGCAAUGAUUCCUCAAUCAACUGAAGGAGGAGGCUCCAGAGAAGUUCUCAAAGACCCGUCCAGUCCUCAACUCAAAGACAAUAUUUCACCAGAACUGCUUUCGCUGUCAUUGAUCAUCAUGUGACGAGUCGAUUCUCAGGGGUCUGCCUGAUUAUUAAUUGUGGAACAUUUUUCCAUCUAGCUUUGGAAGAAACGUGGCAUGUUUUAGAUUAAAUAUGAUUACAUUUUCGUCUAGAUUCAUUAAUAUGGAGAAUCCAGCAGUGUUCAGUUUUUAUUGUGAUCCUGAUCUUUGUGUCCAACAAUAAAUCGUUAAAGAGGACUUUUUCUUCCCAAAUGUGUGUGUGUGUGUGUGUGUGUGUGUGUGUGUGUGAGAGAUACAUAACCACAAUAUUUUAUUUGGACUGAUUGUAUACAAAUGGGAUUCUUCAAAAUGAAGCUGAUUGUUGAUCAUGAUCUUUCAUUGGUUGAUUUUCUUUUGUAAAAUUUCUGAUCAAAUUAUGAAACAUAAAAUUUAUAUUUUGAAAAUAAUUUAAUCAUUAAAUAAUAUUACAACA